AUGCCGCAACAUUCCGAUUCUGCUGACAUUGAUCUUGCACUGUCGGCCACCCGGACACUGCGCGCAUGCGUGCUCUCACACGCAAACCACUUCUACCUGAGCACGUUAUGCAGGCUACUUCUUGGGGCCUCGCCCACUCCGGCAUCUGUCCUCAUCGCUGCUGCCUCCUCCUCUUCCUCCAGAUUAUUCACAAUGGGAGUCGACAUUCCAGUAGGAUUAUUCACAAUGGGAGUCGACAUUCCAGUAGGAUUAUUCACAAUGGGAGUCGACAUUCCACCAAGACACCCCAGUAAGGUUAUUCAUAAUGGGAUCGACAUUCCAGUAGGAUUAUUCGCAAUGGAGUCGACAUCCUUAGUAAUAUUCCUUAUAUGGCAACUCCUCAGUAAGAUUCUUUAUAUCGGUAAUCACCAGCCCCAUAAGAUUCAUUACGAUGGGAGUCAACAAUACAAUAAGAUUCUUUACCAUGACAGCCAACAACCCAAAAAGAUUCUCCAUCCUCUCUCCUCUCUCUCCCUCCCCUCCUCCCUCUUCCCCUCCCUCUUUCUCUCUCCCUCCCUCUCCACACACAAGCACAAGCACGCAAUUAGGGCUCUAGACACCCAACCAGCAGACACCCAUCCAGCAGGCACCCAACCAUCAGGCACCCAACCAGCAGCACCCAUCCAGCCCAACCAGCAGGCACCAACACAGCAGCACCCAAUCCAACAACCCAACCCAGACACCAACCAGCAGGCACCCAUCCAGCAGGUACCAACCAGCGCACCCAUCCAGCAGGUACCCAACCAGCAGCACCCAUCCAGCAGGCAACCAGCAGGCACCCAACCAGGCAGGUCAACAGGACACCCAACCAGGCAUACCCAACCAGCAGGCACCCAUCCAGCAGUACCCAACCAGCAGGCACCCCCUCAGCAGGUACCCCCAGUAGCAGCACCAACCAGUAGGCACCCAUCCCCUACAGGCACCCAUCCAGCAAGCACCCAACAGCAGCACCCAACCAGCACCAUCCAGCAGGCACCCAAACCAUCAGCACCCAACCAGCAGCACCCAAAGCAACCAACCACAGCACCAACCAGCAGACACCCAACCAGCAGCACCCAACCAGCAGGCACCCACACCAGCAGCAACAACCAGCAGCAACCACCCCAGCAACCCAAGCAGCACCAAACCAGCAGGCACCCAACAGCAGACACCACCCAGCAGGCACCCAUCCAACAGACACCCAACCCAGCAGGCACCCACCAACAGACACCCAACCAGCAGGCAACCAACAGGCACCCAACCAGCAGGCACCCAUCAACAGCACCACCAACCAACCAGCACACCCAACCAGCAGCACCCAAACCACCCAGCACCCAUAGGCCAACCAACAGGCACCCAUCCAGCAGCACCAACCAGCAGGCACCCAACCAGCAGACACCCAACCAGCAGGCACCCAACCAGCAGGACCACCCUAGCAGGCACCCACCAGCAGGCACCCAACAGCAGGCACCCAACAGCAGACACCCAACCAGCAACCAACCAGCAGACCCAACAGCAGGCACCCCACCAGCAACCCAACCAGCAGGCACCCACCUAGCAGGCAACCAACCAGCAGGCACCCAUCCAGCAGGCACCCAACCAGCAGGCACCAACAGCAGACACCAACAGCAGGCACCACCCAGCAGGCAACCAACCAGCAGCACCCAUCCAGCAGGCACCAACCAGCAGACACCCAACCACAGGCAACCCAACCAAGCAGCACCCAUCCACCCAUCCAGCAGGCACCAACAGCAGGCAAGGCACCCACCCAGCAGCAGGGCACCAACCACGGCUACAGCAGGCACCCAUCCAGCAGGCACCCAACCAGCAGACACCCAACCAGCAAGGCACCACCCAGCAGGCCACCCACCCAGCAGGGCACCCACCAGCAGCACCCAACCAGCAGACACCAACCAGCAGGCACCCAACCAGCAGGCACCUAACCAGCAGGCACACCCAACAGCAACCCACACCCAGCAGGCAACACCCCAUCCAGCCAGGCACACCAACCACAGGCACCCAAUCAGCAGAGCACCCAACAGCAGACACCCAACCAGCAGCACCUACCAGCAGGCACCAACAGCAGCACCCAACCAAGCAGACACCCAACCACAGCAGCAGACACCCAACCAGCAGCACCCACACCCAGCAGACACCCAAACCAGCAGGCACCCACCAAGCAGACCCAACAGCAGGCACCCAACCAGCAGCAACCAACAGGCCACCCACCCAUCCAGCAGGCACCCAACCAACAGACACCCACCCAGCAGGCACCCACCCCAGCAGACACCCAACCAUCAGCACCCAACCAGUAGGCACCCAACCAGCAACACCCAACCAGCAGGCACCCAACCAGCAGGCACCAACAACAACACCACCCAGCAGGCACCACCCAGCAGCACCCACCAGCAGCACCACCCCAGACACCCAUCCAGCAGCACCCAACCACAGACACCCACCAGCAGACACCCACCCAGCAACACCAACCAACAGACACCCAACCACAGCAGGCACCCAACCAGCAGACACCCACCCAGCAGCACCAUCCAGCAAGACACCCACCAGCAGCACCCAACCAACAGACACCCAACCCAAAAGCAGGCCACCCAACACAGUCCAACCAGGCACCCAACCAGCAGACCAGCAGGCACCAUCCAGCACCCACCAGCAGCACCCAACCAACAGACCACCAAACCAGCAGGCACCCAACCAGCAGACUACCCACACCAUCAGGCACCACAGCACAACCCAACAGACACCCAACCAGCAGGCACCAUCCAGCAGCACACCCAUCCAACAGACACCCAACCAGCAGGCACCCAUCCAGCAGACACCCAUCCAGCAGGCACCCAUCCAACAGACACCCAACCAGCAGACACCCAUCCACAUCACCCAAUCAGCAGGCACCCAUCCAACAGACACCCAACCAGCAGCACCCAUCCAGCACACCAUCCAGCACACCCAACCAGCAGCCACCACACACGCAGGCACCCAUCCAGCAGCACCCAUCCAGCAGGCACCCACCAACAGGACACCAAACCAGCAGACACCCAACAGCAGGCACCCAACCACAGACACCCCAACAGGCAGGCGACCAUCCAGCAGCACCCCAACCAGCAGCACCCACCAGCAACACCCAUCAGCAGGCACCCAUCCAGCAGGCACACACCCAACCAGCAGGACACCACCCAACCAGACACCCACCAGCAGCACCCAUCCAGCAGACACCCCAACCAGCAGCACAACCAAGCAGACAACAGACACCCAGACACCCAACCAGCAGGCACCCAUCCAAAGGCACCAUCCAACAGUCCAACAGACACCCACCAGCAGGCACCCAUCCAACNCAGACACCAUCCAGCAGGCACCAACCAUCAGGGCACCCAACCAGCAGGCACCCAUCCAGCAGGUACCCAACCAGCAGGCACCCAACCAGCAGGCACCCAUCCAACAGACACCCAACCAACAGACACCCAACCAGCAGGCACCCAUCCAGCAGCUACCCAACCAGCAGGCACCCAUCCAGCAGGUACCCAACCACGCAAGGCACCCAAUCCAGCAGGUACCCAACCAGCAGCACCCAACCAGCAGGCCACCCAUCCCAACAGGGACACCCAAACCAAACACACCCACCGCAGCACCCAUCCAGCAGGGACCAACCAGCAGGACCCAACCAGGCAGAACCCAACCAGCAGGCACCCAUCCAGCAGGACACUAACCCCAGUAGGCACUAUACCAGCAACCACCAGCAGACCAGCAGGCACCCAUCCAGCAGGGCACCCAACCAUCAGGCAGGCACCCAACCAGAGGCACCUAACCAGCAGACACCCAACCAGCAGACACCCAACCAGCAGGCACCAACCAGCAGGCACCCACCUAGCAGGCAACCAACCAGCAGGCACCUACCCAGCAGGCACCAUCCAGCAGGCCACCCAACAGCAGGCCACCCAUCCAGCACCCACCAGCAGGCACCCAUCCAACAGACACCAACCAGCAGGCACCCAUCAACAGACACCCAACCAGCAGGCACCCAACCAGCAAGACACCCAACCAGCAGACCCAACCAGCAGGCACCCAUCCAACAGACACCAACCAGCAGACACCCAACCAGCAGGCACCCACACAGGCACCCACACAGGCACCCACCAGCAGGCAACCAACAUCAGGCCACCCAUCCAGCAGGCACCCAACCACAGGGCACCCAACCAGCAGACACCCAACCAGCAGGCACCCAACCAGCAGGCACCCACCAGCAGCACCCAUCCAGCACCAACCAGCAGGCACCAACCAGCAGACACCCAACCAGCAGGCACCAUAACCAGCAGACACCCAACCAGCAGGCACCCCACCCAACCCAACCAGCAGGCAACCCAACCAGCAGCAACCAACCAGGCACCCAUCCAGCAGGCACCCAACCAGCAGGCACCAACCAGCACACCCAACCAGCAGGCCACCCACCAGCAGGCAAACCAACCAGCAGGCACCUCCAGCAGCACCCAACCAGCAGGACACCCCAACCAGGCAGGCACCCAACCAGCAGACACCCAACCAGCAGACACCCAACCAGCAGGCACCCAUCCAGCAGGCACCCAACCAGCAGACCUAACACAGCAGGCACCCACCCAGCAGGCACCCAUCCAGCAGGCACCCAACCAGCAGGCACCCCAACCAGCAGCACCCACCCAGCAGGCACCCAUCCAGCAGGCACCCAACCAGCAGGCACCCAACCAGCAGGACACCAACCAGACAGGCACCCACCCAGCAGGCACCCACCCAGCAGGCACCCAUCCAGCAGACACCCAACCAGGGACACCCAACCAGCAGGCACCACCCCAGCAGGCACCCCCAGCAGGCAACCCACCCAGCAGGCACCACCCACCACCCACCCAGGCACCAACCAGCAGGCACCCAACCCCAACCAGUAGGCACCCAGCAACCCCAACCAGCAGACACCCAACCAACAGACACCAACCAGCAGACACCCACCCAGCCAGACACCCACCCAACAGGCACCCAACCACAGACACCCACACCACCACACCCCCAGAGCCGCCGAGGAAGCCAGCCGAGCGGCGCACACCGUCCGGAGUAAACAAAGGAAGCCGAGCAGAAAGACAGCCGUGUUUGCGUGUGCAUCUGCUCGUGGCGCCGAGGAGACCGCUGCUGUUGUGGCGUGAGCGAGGGUAA